GAGGAGGACGGCCUGGUGCGGGGGCUGUCGGUGCUCUGCAACCUGGCCAACCAACUCUACUACCCCUGCGAGCACGUCGCGUGGGCGGCUGACGCCGGCAUCAUCCGUGUUGGCUCUCAGAAGUGGUGGACUCUGAGCAUGGCGCUCUGGGCCUUCUCCCUGCUCCUGGGCAUCCUGCGAUCCCUCAGAAUCUUGUUCCAGUUAAGAAGAAAGCUGAGGCAGCACAAAGGUACAUCUGGGCCUCUGAGUCAAAAGGAAGUGAAAGCCCAAGUGAAGGCUGAAGUGCUGAGCAUCCUCACAAACAUGGCAGACCUCUCCAACGCAAUCCACUGGCUCCCUCCGGGGUUUCUUUGGGCUGGCCGCUUUCCUCCAUGGUUAGUCGGUCUCCUGGGGACCGUAUCUUCCCUGAUUGGUAUCUACCAAGCAUCUAGAAGAGGAGAUUCUGAAGCUGUAUAA